AAAGCCGGGGCGGCGGCGGGGCCGGGGGAGCAGCGCAGGAUGAGCGCGGCCCCGGGCGCUCCCCGGCCGCUGCUCCGCUUCCCCGACGGGGCGGGCGGGCCGGGCGGCGGCGGGCGCGCGGCAGGCAGCGGCAGCCCGGGGCCCGGUCCCUGCCCGGGGGGGCCGCGGAAGCGGCGGCGGACCACGUUCAGCCGGGGGCAGCUGUCGGAGCUGGAGCGGGCCUUCGCCGCCGUGCCCUACCCCGACAUCGCCACCCGGGAGCGCCUGGCCGAGCUCACCCAGCUGCCCGAGGCCAAGAUCCAGGUCUGGUUCCAGAACCGCCGCGCCCGCCGCAUCCGCAGCGCCAAACCGGAGCCGCCGCCGCCGCCGCCCGGGGAGCGGGACCUGCCCGCGGCACCCCCCGACGCCGACGGUGCCCUGGCCCCGGUCCCCGCGCUGCCGGAGCCGGGAGCCCAGGGCCCCGCCCGGGUCCUCCCCACCUCGCUGGGCUCCAUCUCCGACCUCAUCUACAGCGCGGCCAUCACCAACCUGGGCGAGCCGUAGCCCCGGCGGCCCCCCCGGCCCCCCCCGGCUUAGCGCCGUGGUUUUCAUCAGCGCAUGGAAUUACUGCCGGCUCCUUCAGGUCCCUGCGAUGCCAUCCAAUAUCCUAAAUGCCGGUGAGGCUGUGCCGGGGCCAGCUCCCGAUCAGCCCCCUAAUACCGACUAAUCUUUUGGAAAAAUACCUUAAUCUGAGGCAGUAUCCGCGGAUGAUUGUGGCACGGCCGCCCCUAAUCCGCAGGCACGUUCGCAGGUGCCAGCCGAUCUCCCCGUAUCGGAUAUUAAAGCGUGUUUCAGAGGGGCUUAGCUGCCAUCAGAGCAUUAAUCACCGUGUCUGGCCCUGGCACGCUGCCCGCCCGGCAGGUGUCCUGGCCCACAGUGCCCAGGGCUGGGCCGUGCCAGCCGCUGGGCCCCCUCCCCAUGGCAGGGCCACCCCUGCACCAAGCUGGCUCCAUGCUCUCCUCCAUGGCACUCGAGAAGCCCCCGGGCUCUGCACUGAGCCACUUUUCCUCCUGGGUUUAAGUGACUGCUGGCAGCUGGGGCAGCCGUGGGAUGGAGCUGCACCUUGCAGUCCCACCUGGGCCCUUCGCUUUGACCCAGCUGGGACCCCCGGCUGCUCCAGCAAAGCCCUGGGGUCCCUCAGCCUCUGAGUGGAGGGACAAACCCCAGCUUCUGCUUGCUGGUGGGGAGAGACCAGCUAGUGCUGCAGGGUGAGGAGGGUUUUCCUGAGCCGGCUCGGCACAGAGCAGGCGCUCAGCCUCCCGUGGGACACCAGCGCCGGCUGGCAACGGCCAAGGGCGAGUGCUUCUCCGUGGCAGCCCAAGUUCCUGCCCCCGUCCCGCGGCUGAGGGGCGGCAGCGCGCCCGCAGAGGGGAAAGCAAGCUGCCGGCGCUGCCUGCGGGCACCCUGCCGCACUCCACAGCGCAGUACGGCGCUGCUCUGGCAAGCAGCUACGGCGUGUGUCCCUCCUUGGGGCCCCGAGUUUCCUUUUGGCACUGACAGUCACAAGACCAUGGAUCAGGAGAAGUGGCAACCCCCAGCGUGACCUCUCCCUGCGCGAGAACACGGUACGAGCUACGCAGAGGGUACAUCUGUCUGCCGCGGCGCUGGAGACGAGGCUGCAACCCCAGCGUGGCUGCAGCGCUGCUGCGUUAGAUGCUGUCGUUCUCCUGAACGGGUCUGUGCAGAGGGGAAAUCAAACCAAACCACCAAACAUGAGAUGGGCCAGGUAACUGCCCUGCUGGUCACAGGUGAGUAAAAACCUCCCUAAAGCAGGGAAGGGACCGGGAAGGAGCAGCAGGAACAGGCCACGUGAGGGCAGUGUUUUCUGCAGGAGAUGGAGCAGGAUAAAGAGGGAGAAGGAAGAUUCACAGCUCUCCACAGUGUCUUUUAGAUGCCAGGCCAGCGUGCUGCACAGCAACAGAGCUCCUGCCAGGCAGAAAGAAGGCUGCAAACAUAAACACAACAUAUUUAUUUCCAAAAAAGCCCAGAGACUUCACAAAAGAACAGCAGCAGCUGACGCCCCUCUCUAUACUGGGACGGUAUGAGUCCACUGCUGUUGGCUCUUCUGUUCUGCAGCUGCAAGAUCUUUAAUCCAUGAUUUAUUUCAGGAACGUAAGGAGUGGGCAAGCAGAGGAUGAGGCCUGAGGAAUGCAGCAGUUUUCCUGCUAACAGUAGCAGGUACAAACAGUUGAUAGCCCAAGCACAAACCUGCCCAAAAUAAAUGACUCCUGGGCAAAAGCCUCCAGCACGAGGGUCACAGUUCGCAGGGAAAUGCACGGUCACAGUUUCCCGAGGUCUCCUUCAAGGGUCCGCACCAUUACAUACAGCUCAGCCAAGCCAACCACUGAGGCCACGAUGACCGCUGACAGGAUGCGCUGGGGACACAGAAACAGAGAUAAGUGACCCCACGCAUGCGCUCAGGCUGCCGCCCGGUGCCGGGCAGCGCAUCUGCCACUCCGGGCGGGCCUGCACCACGCGGGCUCCGGGCACCCCGGGCCUCCGCGCUCACUCACCGCAGCCGUCUCCGCAAAGAUGUACUGGCUGCCCAGGUACGUGCAGGCAAACGCGGCCGCCACGGUGACAAUGAAGUUCAAUAUGGUGAUGACCACAGCUUUAACGGAUCGAACUGCAGAGAAGGGGGAGAGACAGUGAUUUUUAGGAAAGGCUAGAAGCUGCUUGUCAAGUAGCCUUGGAGAGAAGGGUUUGGGACAAGCUCUCAUCCUGCUAACUGAAUCUGCCAGCAACUGCCUCAGUCUGGCUACAGGAAUACUCCCAAAUGUCCAUGCUUUCUGCCUCCAGAAAUAUCUGUAAGAACUAUAAGUGGGCUGCUCCUUCACUCGAGGAACUUUUGUGCAUCAAAACCAUCCAGUGAGAUGCUGCGGCUUGGAGCAGGGAGGGCUGCUGGAUGUCAACAACUAGUGAUGCGAUGGUUCCCAUGACUGAUUUUUCUGCCUGUAGCUACUACACACUGUGCGGCAUCAGCAGGAGAGGCAGCCACUCACCUUGCCUCCCAAAGUCAGCCAAUGUCCCAUACCGGUUCAGCUCCUAAAAGGAAGGAUUAAAACCGCUUGUGUUGUAUUGUAUUUUAAUAACAGAAGCAAUACCGAUACAAUA